CUCCGCACCCCCGCCGCCUGCCGCGAGCCCCGAACCCCGAGCUCGAGGGCGACAGGGCAGCUCCGGGCAUCUUGGAAACCAGAACCUUCCAUCCUGACACUCCUACCCUUAGACUCCACAGCCCUUGGCAAGAGAGAAGGCUGUGUACAGCGCCCCUCUCCGGGCUGUGCCAGGUUACAGAGGCCAUAGGAUGCCCACGCCUGUCUCUCUGCUGUCCCAAGCCUGGCUCCCACCAUGAGCGCCGAGCUCAACGUGCCCGUGGGCCCCUCCACACCUGCCUGCUCCGAGCCGGGCAACAAGGGCAUGGAUUACCGCGACUGGGUCCGCCGCAGCUACCUGGAACUGGUCACCUCCAACCACCACUCCGUGCAGGCCCUCUCCUGGAGGAAGCUCUACCUGAGCAGGGCCAAGCUGAAGGCCUCCAGUCGGACCUCCGCCCUGCUCUCGGGCUUCGCCAUGGUGGCCAUGGUGGAGGUGCAGCUGGAGACGCAGUACCAGUAUCCGCGGCCGCUGCUCAUCGCCUUCAGCGCCUGCACCACGGUGCUGGUGGCCGUGCACCUGUUUGCCCUGCUCAUCAGCACCUGCAUCCUGCCCAACGUGGAAGCCGUGAGCAACAUCCACAACCUCAACUCCAUCAGCGAGUCCCCGCAUGAGCGCAUGCACCCCUACAUCGAGCUGGCCUGGGGCUUCUCCACCGUGCUGGGCAUCCUGCUCUUCCUGGCCGAGGUGGUGCUGCUCUGCUGGAUCAAGUUCCUGCCGGUGGACUCGCGGCCCCAGCUGGGGCCCCCGCCCGGCCCUGGCGGCCACACGGGCUGGCAGGCCGCCCUGGUGUCCACCAUCAUCAUGGUGCCCGUGGGCCUCAUCUUCGUGGUUUUCACCAUCCACUUCUACCGCUCGCUGGUGCGGCACAAAACGGAGCGCCACAACCGCGAGAUCGAGGAGCUGCACAAGCUCAAGGUGCAGCUGGACGGGCACGAGCGCGGCCUGCAGGUGGUGUGAGGCCGCCAGGGGGCGCCGGACUGCGGGUGCCGAGGCCGCCAGGGGGCGCCGGGCCUCCCCCUCGGGCCGGACUGUGGGUGGGGAGGCCGCCAGGGGGCGCACAUCCAAGCAGAACUGGCCUUCGUGGGGGCGGGGCUUCCAAAUGCCCAGCAUCCAAGAGGCUGUUAGACACUGCCAAGAUAGUUCAAGACCAAAGUUUUGCUCCUGUCGUAAUCCUUAGCCCUCUCCGGACAGCUCCCCCUCCGGCAAUGGAAGCUCUUGGUGAAAGGAAACAAUGGUGGGUGGCCUUCUCUUAACGUAUUUCCUGGGUCCCAUUUGCCCCAGGGCCAGAGUAGGCAGGUGGGGGUGUGGGGGAGGGGUGUGUGUGAGCUGUGGGAAUGGGUCCCUUGGCAGGGUUGGGGUCCACCCAGGAAGGGCUCCAAGCAUCGGCCAGUGGCCAAGGGGAGUCUUGCCUCAGAGACCCUGAGGUCCCAGGGGCAGGGAGCUUGAUGGGGCCUCACGUCUGGUGGUUCCCCACUAUUGUGCUAGACAGACUAGGGGAGGGGGCGCAGCAUCCAGCUUGGCUUCAUGCCCACCCUCAGCAGCCAGUCUGGCGUAGGGGUAGCGCAGCAGGGAGCUAGCCCAGGCCAGGUACAUGGCCUCAUUGUCCUGACGCCCCACCCUUCUGCAGGGAAGGGGGUGCCCCACAGGGUGCCUACCUCCCCUCCCGGGCCUCUAGGCCUGUCCAGUUUACACAGCUCUCCCCAGGGGCGUCUGGUGCCCCUAGGCCUAUCCCUUCAGGAAAGCAGCUUAUGCGGAGGCACAGGCUCUGUGUGGCCUCUGAAAGCCAGAGUGACGUUUCCCAAGCACCAGCUGUAAGGGACACCUUUUCUGGUUCUCAGUGGGUGCUGGACAGCUCCAGGGCCAGCCAUCCAGAAGCCGCCUCACAGCCUAACAUCCCUCCUGCAGGGCUCAGGCUGGCCUGGCUGGAUCAGGGGACACUCUUGUGAGACCACAAACCCCACCUGUCCCUGAGACUUGGGGGUGGGCAUUGUUGUGCUGACUGGGGCCCGGGGAAGAGUCCGGUGGCUUCGGCAGGACGCAGACCCAUCCUCUGAAGACAUCCACCUUCCGGGGACCUGCUAGCCCUCUCCUGCAUGUAUCCCCUUCCGGGAGCUUUGGGCAAAGGGCUAUCAAGUUUUCAUUUGUAUUUGCUUUGCGAAAAAACUCCAGUGCCACUCCAAACAGGGGGCCUGGCAGGCCCUUUAGGGCCUGAUAAUGUUGCUCCCCUUCUGUGGCCUGAACUCUGCCGCUACUUGCAUCCCUGGGCCACCUGCCCCCAUCCCUCCCACCCCCGAUAAAUCUCUGCUGGGCCCUGCUACCCACAUCCCUGGGCCACCUGACAUACACACACUCUCUCCCCCCAGCUUUGCCUGGGCCCAGCCAUUACACCUGAACCACACGGGGAGCUUCUGGCCUGGGGGCGUGUCAGGGUUCGACCAGGGGACCUGGUUGGUGGUACAACAGGUAGGGGAGACACAACAGCUGUCCUGUCACUCUGAUGUGCACACUCCUUCCUGCUAUUGCCUGGUCCUUCAUCCAGGGGCCCAGGGCAGACUGUGGGGACAGCUAGCCAGCAGCGGGACAGGUAACAGAGUGAUGGAAGAAAACCAGUGGCAGAUUAGACCUUUGGCAUCUAGAGGGUUAACCUGGCUCGGAUGGGGGUCUGAAGGCAGUGGCCUUGUUAAGACCCAUCCUGGUGCUUGUGAAGCCCACUACCAGUGGCACGCUAUGCAGAGCCCCUUGACCACAGUUUUAAAUGGCCAGUGUGUCUGCUGCUGGAACAUCUUCUAGAAAGGCCCAUCUGCUGAGGCGGAAGCCCGCCAGCCUGACCCCCUGGGAGUGAUUUCCUGGCCCAGCCACCUCACUGUUUAUGCAUGGGCACCACAUGGGUCGCCAAACCAUUGUCCUGAAUAAAUAGCAGCCCUGAAAGGG